AUGAUAGAUUAUUUUAAAGCAUUUGAAGAGGAAUAUAUUCCUAUUGAUGUUUAAAAGGGUAAAGAGACCCAUGGUGAUGAAAUGUUUCCUAUGUUAGUAGAUAAUUAUAGGUCUCUAUAAUUUGACAAGGAUUACUAAAGAAUUCAUGAAGGUCUUCUUAAUGAAAGCUAUCAAACUUUGAAAGAUGUAACUCAUAGCAUAAAAGGAUCACUAGGGUAUCUAUGCCCUUUCGUAGUAGGUGGAAUAUCUGAUUAAUUGUAAAUUUUCAUUAGAGAUAGAAUACCAGAUAAGGAGGGAAAAAUAAAACUACCUUUCACUGAAGAGGAGAAAUAAAGAGUGUACAAAGAUUCUCUUUUUAUUUUAACAGAAAUGACAGCUUUGUUAAGAUAUUUUAGUAAAAAUUAUCCUGAUUUCUAAACUAAGUAUAGUUUUGAAAGCGCCAAGAAAAUCAUUGAUGACUGCUAUAAAGUCUACUUUAAGCGUUUCUCGAUUCCUUAUAAUGACGAAUAAAAUAUGAAUAGCAAUAGCAAUAAUAAUAACAAUAAUAAUAACAACAAUAAUAUAAGCAAAAAUUUAGAGAAAUAGUAAAGUAGCCAGACAGAUAAAUUAUAGAAGUCCUAGCAAGUUGCUUCAGUGGGUAAUGACAAUUCAUUGGCUAUUAAAGAAUCUUCAAUAAGACAAGUAACUCAAGAUAAAGAUGAUUAGAAAAAAAAUUCUAAAAAUACAUAAUCAGCCACAGCUGCACCAAUAAAAGAAGAAAAUAGCACUGUGGUUGCAGAUCCUGAAGAAAAAAAAGAAGAAGGAGUAGGUAGUCAUGAUAUUAAGUUAGAGUAACAGGAGAAAAAUUAGCCAUGCUGCAAUGCUUGCAAUAUUUUCUGA